AUGUUCGAUAUCGACUGGAAGGGCCUCGCCCUUCCUUUUGCCUACCUGAUGGUCCUCGGCGGCGCCCUCAUGACUUUUUCAACCAUUUAUCGCAAGAGAAAGGCCGCCGAAAGUGCGAACCUCGCUCCCUGGUUCGGGCCCAAUCUCCAACGCAACGUCUACCUCUCCCUCCUCCACAUGGACCCCGAAGAGGGCAACCAAAAAUCCCCCCGCGUCCCCGAGAGCGUACUCAAAGCCGCGCUCUUACGGCGCGCCGUCGAGGACAUCGACCGUCUGAUCCAGAUCAAGUCAGCGAAGCAGGCCUGCAGCUCACUCCUCUUGCGGGGCAGCGUAGGCGACGACUUGUGGCAGAGAUUCCAGCGUGCCGAGAAGGAAAUGGAAGAGGAGCUGCGUGAUGUUGUCACCGAGGCAAAUGCCCUCGCACCAAACUGGGGUCCCACAAUCUUCCAAUCCGCCCACGAAAUCGCCGCCAACACCCGUCUCCGCGCAUCCCUUGACGAGAUAGAAGCCCAAAAAGCCGCCGAAAAGGCAUGGUGGGAGAAGCGCCGCGGCCAGAUCCAAUCCGACUUCAUGAAGGAAUUAGACGGCUCGGAAAAGAGCUCGACCAAGGACGGCGCAAGUGAGGAUGAUGCUGUGAUUGUGGAUACACCUUCUAAGGGAAAGAAGGGCAGGAAAUAA